AUGCAAGCUGAUUUUCAGGCCCUAUUUCAUGCUCUUACUUCGGCUUGGAAUCUGGGCUAUUGGAAGGUGGAGGUGAACUUGGAUUCCGAAGUGGUUGUGAAGUUGCUCUCGGUUGAGGAAGUGCAAGAUAGGAGGCUUGUGAACUUAAUUGUUCAUUGUGGUGGGAUAUUGAAUCAACCUUGGCAGGUGACCCUUAGUCAUUGCUACAAAGAAGCUAAAAGGGUGGCGAACAAAUUGGCUAAUUUGGCAGUGGAGGCGAGUUUGGACUGUCAUUUGCUACGAACCCCUCCUGGUGGGAUUUUGAAUCUUGUUCGUUGGGAUAGAUCACAGGGUAGUAGAACUUGGCUCUUGGUGAUGGUGGUUUCGGAGAGGAUCUGUUUCUACGGGAGUUGUAGACUAAAGCUUUGCUUUGAUUUGCCACUCUCCUAG